UACUCUCUCUCACACACACAUACGCACACUUGAUUACAAACAUUCAUCCGCGCAUUUAUUCACAGAUACGUCCGUUUGUUGGUGAAAGUUCUGAUUCGAGAAGAUUUCGAUACAACCGCGACGAAUGUAUUUCUGGAAUCCGACGAAGAAGAUCAUAGGCAAUUGAAUCCGUCGCUAUCAAUUUUUAAUUUUUUUUUCGUGGAAGAUCCGUGGAGAAAUUGCUGUCAAUUUUGUAUUGGAUGUGAUCUUAAUUUCUUUCGGAUUAAAGUGUUCCAGGAUUUUUAGAAAUUUGUUCGACCGGUUUAGGUUUUGCUGAACACUGGGGAGUGAAGAGCUACCUGCUGAGUUUCCGGGAUAUUCGGAAUUUUGAAAUGAAAUAAAAAAUUGGUGAUGUUUUGAGGAGAGUAUAAAACAAGAUUAUUUUAAGAGCAAGAAGACAAAGUCAACUGACUGAAUUUUGAGGAAAGCUUAAUAUCUGGUGGAGAUGUCAAAUUCGAAGGUGGUUUAUGAAGGAUGGAUGGUUAGAUAUGGACGUAGGAAGAUUGGGAAAUCAUUUAUUCACAUGCGAUAUUUUGUGCUCGAGUCUCGAUUGUUGGCCUAUUACAAGAAGAAGCCCCAAGACAGUGUGGUACCGAUCAAGACUCUUCUUAUAGAUGGCAACUGUAGGGUAGAGGACCGAGGACUGAAGACUCAUCAUGGACAUAUGGUCUAUGUUCUGUCUGUUUACAACAAGAAAGAGAAGCACCAAAGAAUGACGAUGGCAGCUUUCAACAUUCAGGAGGCACUUAUUUGGAAAGAAAAAAUUGAAUCUGUUAUCGAUCAGCAUCAAGAGUCACAAGCUACUAAUGGUAAUAUUUACCAUUCUUUUGAGUAUAAAUCUGGGAUGGAUAAUGGGAGAAAUGCUUCAUCGUCGGAUCAUGAAAGCCAGUUUAGUGCUGCAGAAGAUGAAGAUGAUUCUCAUUCAAAUUUGCCGCGCAGAACAACGAUAGGAAAUGGUCUUCCCGAAUCUCUUUUCGACUGGACAAAGGAAUUUGAUUCAGAUUUCCCUAACCAUAAUUCUAGCAACCAGGCGUUUUCCAGAAAGUACUGGCGCCUUCUUCAGUGCCAAAAUGGGCUUCGGAUUUUUGAAGAGCUUCUUGAAGUGGAUUUUCUUCCGAAGAGCUGUAGUAGAGCAAUGAAAGCAGUUGGGAUAGUGGAGGCUACCUGUGAAGAAGUAUUCGAGCUGGUAAUGAGCAUGGAUGCAACACGAUUCGAGUGGGAUUGCAGUUUCCAGUAUGGUAGCUUAGUUGAAGAAGUAGAUGGACAUACUGCUAUACUAUACCACAGGCUUCAGUUAGAUUGGUUUCCAACAUGUGUAUGGCCUCGUGACCUCUGCUAUGUUCGUUACUGGCGCAGAAAUGAUGACGGGAGUUAUGUUGUGUUAUUUCGUUCUAGGGUGCAUGAGAAUUGUGGUCCUCAACCGGGAUUCGUGCGUGCUCAUAUUGAGAGUGGAGGAUUUAGUAUCUCACCUCUGAAACCUCAUAAUGGGAGGCCUAGAACACAGGUCCAGCAUUUAAUCCAGAUCGAUUUAAAAGGCUGGGGAGUGGGUUAUAUUUCAUCAUUUCAGCAUCACUGUCUUCUUCAGAUGUUAAAUUGUGUUGCCGGAUUACGGGAAUAUUUUUCUCAAACUGAUGAAAGGACCGCUGCCCCCAGGAUUCCGGUUAUGGUUAAUAUGACGUCAGUAUCAAAUUCAAAAAGGAGUAAAAAACUCCACUCGUCUGUAUAUCAUAACGGUCAAUCUCUUGAUCAAAUACACGCAGCAAAUAGAAAUGCUGUGCUGAUGGACGAAUACUCUGAUGAAGACGAAGAUUUUCAGUAUGCUGACCAAGAGGCUUCUUCACCGUCAGCCACUGAGGUUGAAGACAAAAAAAUUGCCUCUGAAGAAGAAUCCCAAGACCAAGUAGACUUGUCCAUUUUCUCGGGUAACCUUCGCCGUGAUGGUCAUGAUAAGGCACGUGACAGUUGGAUGUUAUCUGAUGGGAACAAUUUUAGAGUCCGUAGUAAGAAUUUCUUCUGUGACAAAUCAAAGAUUCCUGGCAGUAAACAUCUUAUGGAUCUAGUUGCCGUAGAUUGGUUCAAAGAUACAAAACGAAUGGAUCAUGUUGCUAGGCGCAGUGGUUGUGCGGCACAAGUUGCAUCAGAUAAAGGACAUUUCUCUCUUGUUUUUAAUCUGCAAGUACCGGCAUCGACAACACACUACAGCAUGGUUUUCUAUUUUGUAACUAAGGCAUUAGUACAAGGUUCUCUCUUGCAACGGUUUGUUGAUGGGGAUGAUGAUUUCCGCAAUAGUAGACUGAAGCUUAUUCCAUCAGUACCAAAGGGCUCUUGGAUUGUACGUCAGAGUGUUGGAAGCACCCCUUGCUUACUAGGAAAAGCCGUCGAUUGCAACUAUAUCCGUGGUCACAAUUACUUGGAAGUUGAUGUUGAUAUUGGUUCUUCCACUGUAGCAAAUGGAGUACUGGGGCUUGUAAUUGGUGUUAUUACAACACUUGUUGUUGACAUGGCAUUUCUUGUACAGGCUAACACUGCAGAAGAGUUGCCGGAGCGGCUAAUAGGUGCCGUUCGAGUUUCUCAUAUAGAAUUAUCAUCAGCUAUAGUACCGAUUCUCGAGGCAGAUACACCAAAUUCAGACAAAUCAUGACCACUUCCAAAUUUGUCAAUAACACAGGAAAUACUACUAAUCAAAUAUAUCUUGUCCAUUCAUUUUUUCUCUUUUUCCAUAUCUAGACCAUUUUUUAUUUUCUAUUUUUUUAAUUUUUUAAUUUUUUAAUUUUUUUUCAAUUAAACUGACCUUAAUGCAGUAAAAUGCAGGAUUUUGGUUUUACUUCACCAUUGCUGUUUGGAUCAUUGGUAAUACUUCUGAACUCAUUUUGAUAGAUAAAGCAUUACAUAUAUUGUAAGGGAUGUGAUAAAUGUUGUUCGAGUUUUUAAUAAUACCGUUUCGACUUCAAACA